AUGGAGAAGAACCCAAGAAGCUCAUCGUCACUCCCUCUGGCCGGACGGGUAGCCAUAGUGACUGGAGCCACCAGAGGCAUCGGUCGUGCAGUUGCAAUUCACCUCCACAGUCUUGGCGCAAGAGUCACCCUCAAUUACGUCUCGAGCUCAGCAGAAGCUGAAAUCUUGGCUUCGGAACUAAACGUCUCAUCUCAACCAAAGUCAGCAAUCGCAGUCAGAGCAGAUGUGGCAGAUCCAGACCAGAUCAGCAAUUUGUUUGACCAAACAGAACAAGAGUUUGGAUCUCAAGUUCACAUCCUUGUGAAUUGCGCAGGUGUCUUGGACCCUAAGUAUCCGUCAUUAUCCGAGACCACACUUGAAGAUUUCGAGAAAACAUUCAAAACAAACACGAGGGGGGCUUUCUUGUGUUGCAAGGAAGCUGCCAAAAGGGUUAUUAGAGGAGGUGGUGGAAGAAUCAUUAUGAUGUCUACUUCAAUGGUCGGAGGUCUAUCACCGGGGUAUGGAGUUUACGCAGCAUCAAAGGCCGCAGUGGAAACGAUGGUGAAAGUGUUGGCCAAGGAGCUCAAGGGAAGCCGGAUAACGGCGAAUUGUGUGGCUCCAGGGCCGGUAGCGACGGAGAUGUUCUUUGCCGGAAAGAGUGAUGAAACGGUGAAGAUGCUUGCAGGGGCUUGUCCGAUGGGGAGGAUUGGUGAGCCAAAGGAUGUUGUGGAGAUUGUAGGGUUUUUGGCAGGUGAUGGUGGGGAAUGGAUCAAUGGUCAGGUUAUUAGAGCCAAUGGGGGCUUUGUUAUCUGA